CGUCAGGUGGUUGAGUCGCGGAAAAUUUCUAGAAAGGUUUCAAGAAUUAUUGCCCGAAAUAACCGCUUUUAUGGAAGAAAGAGGUGACGAUACUAAGAUGCUGAAAAACGAAAAAUGGUUGACUGAUUUGGCAUUUUUGACAGACAUCACAAUGCAUUUAAACACCAUCAAUUUUCAGCUUCAAGCAGAAGAUAAAUAUCCGAAUCUGAGGCAAAUUGCCCUUCAACUGACGACAAUGUUCGGAUCAACUUACUUGUGCGAGUCUGCAUUUUCUGAAAUGAAGAUAAUUAAGUCAAAGUAUCGCAAUCGACUAACUGACGAACAUAUGUCAUCAUGCUUGAGAUUAGCACUCGGUAAUUAUGUACCAUCUUAUGAAAAGUAUGCUGAGGACAUGCAGUGCCACGCUUCAACAUCCAAAGUUACUCUUUAGUUAAGUUUAACACUCUUUUGUUUUGUAAUAACCAAUAAACUCAUAAUUUUAAAUAACAA